AUGAAGUUCUCUAUUAUCACCUCCCUCUUCCUCGCCAACGCUGGCCUCUCCCUCGCCGCCCCAGCUGACGCCACAGCCAAGGAGCCAAGCAAGGUCCUUCUCAAAGCCACAGCCAUUGAAUCCACAACAGGUGACAAUGGCAUCACAACCCCCCUCCCCAUCCAGCCCGGCAUGGUGAAGGACUGCGACCGCUUCUACCUCGUCCAAAAGAAUGAAGUGUGUCUUGCAAUCACCAACGAAUUCGGCAUCAGCUUUGAGCAGUUCAAGAAAUGGAACCCCACUGUCGGCGACCAAUGCGAAUACAUGUGGGCAGAUGCCUACGUCUGUACCCACACCGUCGGGUACACUCCUCCCAAGACUGUGAGGUGCUACGGAAGCAGCAUUGUUCACCCUUGGGGUGCUGACAAGGCUGACGCCCUUGCUGCCGCAAACGAAUGGUGCUACCGUGGUGGCGGCGGCGGCGUCUACGAUAGGUACGAGAAGAGAGAAACAUGUGUCAAUGCGCCCUCUGGAAAGGGAAGUUUCACCUUUAUGGUCAAGACCACUACUCCGGGAGUUGGUACUGGUCUUACUGGUGGACGAUGCCGAGAUUUGCUCAACCUUGGCAUCAACGGGUGCACCUCGGGAUCUGAUGGAAACAAUGGGUUCUGGAUGUUUGAGGCUGCCUUCAUGACUUAUAAGUGCGAUGAGUGA